AGUAGUAUAAAUACAGGGACCUUAAGCCCACCAGUUCGGUUUAGUUCCAGCUGCCUAAGUGGAUACAUAUCUGCAUUUUUCGGAGAUGGCAUCAAGAGGCUGCAAGCAUCAGGCAGACAUAUUUUGCUAUGUCUGCAGCCAAUUUAUCAAGACAAGAGCGAAAAAGUACUGCUAAGAUGUGUGAGGCCUACAAGGCAUAUUUCGGCAUGACUGUCGGGGAUCAAGACAAACCCUGGGCACCUCAUUUCACCUGCGUGCAAUGCAAAAAAUCUCUGGAGGGAUGGUACAGAGAGCCAUGAAGUUCGCUAUCCCAAGAAUUUUGCGGGAACCCACUGACCACUCAAGCAACUGCUACUUCUGUAUGGUGGACCCUUCCAAAUGUCGGACUGGCAAGAAUGCACCAGAUAUCACGUAUCCGGACCUUCCUUCGUCCUUCGCCCCGGUGCCACACUGCCAUGAGCUCCCCGUACCCACUCCUCCGGAGAGAGAGCAGCUGCCUUUAGAAGAGAGUAGCGAGUCAGAAAGCGAGGAAGACGUUGUUGAUCCAGAUGACAAUUUCAGAGGUGGAGCUGAGGAGAGAAACCCAUACUACCCCAACCAAAAAGACCUCAACGACUUGAUUAGAGAUCUUGGUCUCACCAAGUCCAGUGCCGAGCUUUUGAUGUCUAGGCUCAAGCAGUGGAACUUGUUGGAUGAAAGUGUGCAAGUCGCAGAUCAGAGGAAGCGUCACCAACCAUUUUCCUGCUUCUUCACCCGUCAAGAUGGGCUCUGCUUCUGCUACAAUGUGACCACUCUGUUCGAGGCAAUCGGAAUCGCCUGUAACCAGAAUGAGUGGCGCCUCUUCAUUGACGGCUCAUCCAGGAGCCUCAAAGCCGUGCUGCUCCAUAAUGGUAACAACUACCCGUCUCUUCCCCUGGCUCACUUGGUUCACCUCAAAGAAGAUUACAACAGCAUCAAGGCCUUGCUGGAUGCCUUGAAGUAUGAUGAGUACAUUUGGGGGCUGAUUCGUGAAAGUGAUUUACAAUAUAAUCGUAAAUCUCGAAAAACUACUCACUUCUAAAUCUUUUGUAGUCAUUUUUGUAUUACUUUAGUAUAAAUACAUGUGAAUUUGGAUUCAUAUGUUGUUUUUUUCUGACUUUAUCUGAACGAAAAGACACAAAUUUGCCCGUUUUCUCAUUGGAAAUAGGUACAUUUCAAAAUAUCACUGUCCUGGUCACAAAAGCAAAGUUUGUGGGGAAUAAUAGCCUUUUUAUAUACUUUUGAGGCAUAAGCAAUUAGGAAAUAACACUUACUACCCAGAAACAAAAAUUGUGUUACAUAGUGUUAUCUAAUCAGCCAAUCGUGUGGCAGCAGCGCAGUGCAUAAAAUCAUGUAGAUCAACCAUCAGAAUGGGGAAAAAAUUUGAUUUCAGUGAUUUGGAGUGUGGCAUGAUUGUUGGUGCCAGAUGGGCUGGUUUGAGUAUUUCUGUAACUGCUGAUCUCCUGGGAUUUUCACACACAAUAGUCUCUA